CUGAGGUCCCUUCCAACCCUCAGAUUCUAGGAUUCUAUGACGGCUACCUCCGAAAAGGGACGAUCCUGGGAAAACGGGGCCAGGUGGGACCCGGGCUGAGGGCUGACGUGGGACUUACAAGGCGGAAGCUAAUAGAGAAGUAAAUAAAGAUGCUGGGAGAGUCCAAUUAUUUGCACUACAGCUUUCGGUUGGGCCAACGUAUUCAGCCCGGCCCGGGCCAGAUCCUCAGCGGGUGUCGUUUGGCGUAACGCCACCGUGCCUGGAGUCAUUCGCAGCCGGGCAAAAGCCAGGGCUAAGUGGCUGCAAAAUGCCAGGCCGCAAAGCCCAGAACAGACCCCAGAGCAGUCCGUGGGCUGGCCACUAGGCCACCCUGUCCUCCCUCCCCCCGUGCUUGGUGCUGUACAAACACAGCCCCUGCUGUCCUUUUGAUACUCUGCCCAGUGCAUUGCAGCCGAGCAUGUGAAAAGCACAAGAGAGAUUCUCACGGGAGCCUAACACCCUCCACCCGUGACCGCCUGGAAUCUCCCAAGCCGAUUAGUGCCCUGGCACUUCUGAAACCAAACCCUGUUUGCCUGGUAGAGUUUCAGGAUGCCAAGAAUGGCACCGUCUCCCCUUACCGAGCAGCCUGCAUAUAACAGCCGAGCCGGCACUGGCUCUUGGCCAUUCACCGCCUGCGCCCGCCAUGGAGCUCGGGGGAGCUGUGACCAUAUUCCUGGCUCUCUGCCUCUCCUGCCUGCUUCUCCUGUCGGUGUGGAAGAAAAUGCACCCGGGAGGGAAGCUGCCCCCGGGGCCGACCCCUCUGCCCUUCCUCGGCAACCUGCUGCAGCUGAAGCCGGACGAGACUUUCAAGUCGUUCAUGGCGCUGCGGGAGAAGUACGGCCCGGUGUUCACGGUGCACCUGGGCCCCCGGCGGGUGGUGGUGCUGUGCGGGCACGAGGCGGUGAAGGAAGCCCUGGUGGACCACGCGGAGGAGUUCAGUGGCAGAGGGGAGCUGGCGUCCAUCGACCGGAAUUUCAAGGGCUUCGGGGUGGCUUUGGCCAACGGGGAGCGGUGGCGGCAGCUGCGCCGAUUCUCCCUCACCGCGCUGAGGAACUUCGGCAUGGGGAAGCGAUCCAUCGAGGAGCGGAUCCAGGAGGAGGCGCAGUACCUGCUGGAGGAGUUCAGGAAAACCAGAGGUUUGCCCUUUGACCCGAUCUUCUUCCUGAGCCGCACGGUCUCCAACGUCAUCAGCGCCGUCGUCUUCGGGAGCCGCUUCGACUACGAGGACGAGACGUUUCUGUCCCUGCUGCGCAUGAUCAAUGAAAGCUUCGUAGAGAUGAGCUCUCCCUGGGCCCAGCUCUACGACAUGUACUCCUGCGUCAUGCAGUACCUGCCCGGGCGCCACCACCGCAUCUACCACCUCAUUGAGGACCUCAAGGCCUUCAUCGCCGAGCGGGUGAAGAUCAACCAGGCCUCGCUCGACCCCAACGCCCCGCGGGAUUUCAUUGACUGCUUCCUCAUCCAGAUGGAAAAGGAAAAGAAAAACCCCAACAGUGAAUUCAACACCAAGAACUUGGUGCUCACCACGCUCAACUUGUUCUUCGCCGGCACGACCACCAUCCUGCAGAGCUUCUCGCUGAAACCCCUCCUGCCCCCAAAGGACAUUGACAUCAGCCCGAAAGUGAGUGGGUUCGGGAACGUGCCCCCCACGUACGAGAUGUGCCUGGUCCCUCGCUGAAGAACGGGAGCGACCAAGCAGGGAAGCCGCAGGGGAGGAUAGUGACCAGUUGCCGAGCCUUUUAGGAGCUAGAUGGAAUAUCGCUGCCCCCUGCGUUAGUUCAUCUUCAGUAAUGGGCAGAUCUCUGCCAGAAGCUCAGAUCAAUUCAGCUUAGCAGCCUUCAAAGGGCAUUUCUUCGUAGCGCAAAAACAGGGCUGGUCUUUAGAGGGUUCCACUGAGACUAGAUUCCUAGAUAUGAAAGCUAGAAAAGCUCCCCCGUGGUUCCUGCAUCCAGCCCAUAUCUUGUGGUGGAGCUAGAGCGCAGCACGAGACACCCAAUUGCAAUGGAAAGUCUCCAAGCCGUGAAGAAUUGACCGGGUGGGGCAGGCUGAUGGGAAGCCGGAUUUGAUGACACCGUGCUCACCAUUUUUGUCCAGCUGGAGUCUCCCAGCUACCACCUUGGGAGCUGAACUGACGUGGCUGUGAUGGCCCUGUGGGUGGGUUAUUCCAUGGGGUUUGAAGGCAGGGUCUGUGGGCCUAAAAGCAAGAUCCUCUAAGGUGUGAGUGCAGAAGGAGACUCAGAUCCACAGGAUAUUCGCUUGAUUUAUGUUAGCCACUCAGGAGCGCAAUUUCUCUAGUGUAGACUGGAACCGGCCAAAGUACGGGGACAUUGCUGGAAAUUUUGGAGCCAUUUCAAUUGCUCAAGGUUGGAAACAGACCCAUUUUUCUCCC